CUGUCUUGUCUUUGUGCCACUGCCGACACAUCGCAGCCUUGUUUUUUUUGGGUGUUGUACUUUUCCACCUUAUAUCACCUCAACCAUCCGGUUAGAGGCUCAGUACUACCCCAGAUAUCAACAUGAGUGCCAUUCGAACCACACCUUCUCGCAGUCAUCGGGGAUCCUCUCCUUAUGUUCGACCUGAGCCCAAAAAAUCGCUGUGGUCGUUGUCGGGAAUUCUCCACUAUCUCAAUCCUUUGCGGUCAAGGGAUGAUAUGGAAACGGAUGAACUGCCGUCACCGCCAGUGGCUGACCCUUCUGUUUCGCCUCAACCGCCACCGAAUGCAGGGCAAGUAGCGACGCAGCCCUCGAACACGAAUAGUGACGAUGCCUCGGGCGCGUCAGCCCCCCCUCCUCCCGUCCACCCCCCAGUCCUCCCCCAAACUAUCCCUGCCCCACCGUCAAAUGUUUCUUUCGCAACCAUGCCACCACUCGACUCCACCGAGGCGACUCUGGAGAGUGUCGCCGCCUACCUUCAUGAUCGACGCAACCAAACUCUCCCAUCGGCGGACGCAGAUAAUUUAAUCAGUAAACUCAUGGAGGCUGUUGCUUACCGGGAACGGCAACCCUUCCGCUUUACGGCCAGCCCGUCGCCACUCCGUGGCACCUCGCCAGCCUUAGCUGCGAACUCUGAGGCCUCUGGCUCUCCGUCCAAGAUGCUUACCAAGAAUCCCAACGGGGCUUAUAGGUGGGAAGGAGGCGGCAGCGCCAAGGUUCGUUCUCGGGAUCGAUAUCGAUCCCCAGCCUUUGGCCCGUCGCGUGCGACUCCAGACCGCUUGAUUUUGAACCAUUCUCUGUCGGCUUCUAUCACGGACAACUCGAAAGCAGAUACCAAGAGACGGCGCGUGAGUAAUGGCACUAGGAGAUCCUUCGCCGCUACUCUCCAGAAAACGCCGUCCCCUUCGAUGGUGCCACGACCCCUCUAUAGAACAAAAUCUGUAUCGAUUAUUUCCCGAGACUCUGAUGAUUCCACUUCGUCCACCAGCAUCCCUGCGACAAAUGGAAGUCCGUCGAAACUUAAUGGACUACCCGCUUCCACCUCAACCCCUCGAUUCCGCUCUACUUUCGCCCCUCCCAAGCCUACGACACCUACGAUUCCGUCCCCUCUGCGUCAAGCUUGGGGCCAAAGUUCAUCUGGUUCACCCGAGUCACCACCGCAAACACAGAAGCAGUCCAGUGCGGCAAAUUUUAUGGCAGGACUCAUCAAAGAUAAUACGCCUACCAAAAAACCAGAUAUCAGCAAUCCUUAUCAAACGCCGGGCUCUGCUAGAGCAAGACCGAAACGACCAAGAGUAAUGGAGAAAGCUACCACCCCAAAGAAGCAAGCUGUAGAAGAGAAGAAGGAGAAGGUUUAUUCCCCCCAAGCAAUUAUUGAAGCCACUGUACCUAAGGGUAGCAAACGAUCCCGUCCGCCUACCUCCGCCGUGGUCGCUGAGCCUGUCCCUGCACCUAAAUCAUACCGAGUCACCGUCGAGGACGUUGAAGAUGAGGAUGAGGAUGAAAACCAGCGAAUCUCCAAGAAGAUGAAGCCCACUGUCAAUGAUCAUGCCACCAUUUCCAUCUCUUCCAAGGAUGCUGAAAUGUUAAAGCCUGAAACUAAGGUGAAUGGAGUCAACGGAUCCAAUGCACCCGCGCCUCUCCUUUUUAGUUCUGCUCGCAUUGGGAGGUCCUCGAAUGUUCCUAAAGAACCUUCAAAGUUGAGGUUCAGUUACCAGCCCGAAACACCAGGUUCUCCUCCCCCUGCCCCAGUGCUUGCUGCUGCCGUUCUUCCUAGCGCAAACACCAAGCCAGUUCAUACGUUCCCCUUCCCAACGGCAAUACCUGCACCAACCUUCUCCUUCCCGACAACCCCUUCUGCGUCCUCCUCAUCGACGGUGACCCCCACGUUCGGUGUUCCUGACCCAAAGGCAGCCGCUCUGGCACUCUCACCAUCGUCGUUGCCUUCUUUUAGCUUUGCAUCCUCCUCACCGAAGCCAUUGUCGUCUGAAUCAUGGGAUGCUGAAGCGCGUGGCAGGGCGAAGGCUGCCUCUACCUUUGAGCUGCCUGCCUUUCUCUUCCCGCUGGCCGGUCCGUCGAAGUCACCGGCUACGACCCCUGCAGUUGCCGCCCCGGCCCCCACAGCUCCACCUAAAUCCUUUGACUGGAGUCGUGCUGGAAUCGAACCACCUUCAAAGGCGGCAGCCGGAGAAUGGACCUGUGGUACUUGUUCACUCACCAAUACGGAUCCUGACGCGGAGAAAUGUUACAUUUGUGGCGAACGCCGGGAAAAGCCCAAACCUGCUCUUCCUGCGGCGACAUUUGAUUGGGCAACUGCGGAAAUGAAACCACCAGCUGCCGCUGCGAAUCAAUGGAAGUGUUCUGCUUGUAUGUUGACGCAGGGAGGAACCGACAAAUGUGCAAUCUGCGAGACUCCUCGCGCCUGAUAAAAUUAUUUUCUUGAUCUCGAAUCUCCGUUUCUACUGUCCACUUUCCCUCAUUUCUUGCAAUCAUCGUCACGUUGUCGCAUCCAGUUUCCCUUUUAUCACAGUUGUAUAUCUUACACAAUCGUAGCUACAGUAGUUACAAAAGAAUGAACAGGAGUGUUGGGCGGACAGUUUUGCUUUUUUCCACUUGUGACUAUGAGCCUGGUAUUGGCUGUGUGAAAUCU